CAACAGAGUUACACGAAGGCAGGUUGACUCUCACAAUCGAGAGACCGAUUGUCUUUCCCGGCUUUCCUCUUCACCUCAUGGAAACUUUUAGGUGCUGGAGCACACUACAUGGAUGCGUUUUGUUUAUGUUCCUUGCAGCUAUUGGCAAAGGGUCAGCGUGUGAGCGUCCCUCUAGUCCUCAGUGCUUCAGACAACAUGCUGACCAGACUGUCUACAUUUGUGAAUGGAGCCUGAACACCAAUGAGAGCGAUGUGACGUUUGACCUUUACAUUGAUGGAAAUAAAUUCGAUAACAUCAAGGGGAACUCGACUAAGAUAGUUGAGGAGCAGCUGAUACGAACUCGUCCUGUUGUUAUUUGGGUGGAAGCUCAUGUAGGAGACUCCAGCUGCACAUCACUCCGGAGGUCUGUUACACUGGAGGACACAGCAGUUAAAUAUGAAACGCCGCAAAAUAUUUCAGUAAGCUGGUUAAAAAAAAACCUCAGCUUAAGCUGGCAGGCUGCAGAGAAGUAUCCAGCCCGGGCAGAGGUCUGGUUUCGGCCAUAUGCACGCCCCACAGAAUCAUGGAAACAAUUAGAGAGAAUAGCAAACACCACCAAUGAGGCUUUGAAUUACCAGAUUGUUGUUGAGAAUCUGAACUAUUCAGCUUAUGAGAUUCAGAUCAGACAACAGUCUAGUAAGGCCAAAAACCCACUGUGGAGCAACUGGUCUCCAGUUGUGAUCGCUCCUGCAGAACUUGAACAUGAACCUAAUGUCACCCCGACAACAACGCUUGAAAAAGGAGCUCGAAAGGUGGUGCUUACUUGGCCGAAAAUGCCACAUGCAGCAGCAGUCAGCGGAGUGACGUACAUCCUGAGUGACACGCUGUCUUCUCAGGGGUGUCCUUGUGAGGAAAAGAGGAAAAAACAUCACAUGAAUAAACACACAAUUUAUGUGCCAUACUCGGCUGUCAACAUCUCUGUUAUCGCCAGAAACGCAGCAGGUUCUUCUCCUCCAGCAGUCGUACAAAUACCAACCGAACCUGUGGCAGAUUUAAAAAGUAGGCUGGUGGAUGAGUGUCGCAUCCUGCAUAUUUAUCCUUAAGUAGACCACAAAAACUUUGAUUUCUUUUCUCUCUGGCAGUUUGUGACAAAACGUCACUGAAUGAAAAAUUAGACAAGUCCACUUGCCUUCAGUGGUACGAACUCCAAAACCCAGAUUUAAG